GCGACGCGAGAAAAGCAUAAUUCAACCCGCAGCCAGAGGCACAAGCAUGUCGAUGACCACGGUUCCGCUCGGUACCAUGUCCUUUCGCACGGCGUACGGCGCAGUCGAGCCGACCACCGUGCCGCAUCGCGGGCCUCGCCCAUGGACCCGCCGGGCAUUUGCGAUCGCGAUUGCCUCUCUUUUUGCGGCGUUCGGGUGCGUGCUCACGCUCCAGCAGCACGAUGACACCGUCGUCGUCAUUGUCGCCGUCGAGGAGCCCGACACGCGCUUUGAUGCGUUCUAUGCGCAGACGGCUGCGAUGCGCGACGACGCGAUCGAUCCGUGCCACAACUUUUACCGGCACGCGUGCGGCGGCUGGCUCCAGAACGCCACCAUUCCGUCGGACGCCAACGCGGUCGACACGUCGUUUCGUGUGGUGGCGGAUGCCAACGCCAAGCUCAUCGAGCACAUCGUUCAGUCCAACCCGCCGGUGAUCGGACCGCUGUACCAGUCGUGCAUCUCGGUGGGCGCUGUCGACGACGUUGGUGUCACCGCGGUCUCGGCCCAGCUUGCACACGUCGCGUCGCUCACGUCCAAAGCCGCCGUGAUCGCGUACGCAGGUGCACUCUUUCGCUCGUCCAGCGUCAACGCCUUCUUCAGCCUCGAGGUGCUGGGCAACCCGAAGAACGCGACGACGAACGUGCUCUCGCUGUCCCAAGGCGGGCUGACGUUCCCCGGCCGCGACUACUACGUGGACGCGCACAAGCGGGCCAAGUACUCGCGGCUUUUCGUCGAGUACGUCACGAGCUUGGCGAGUGUCGACGCCUUUGCCCGGCACAACGUCACGGCAUUCACGCACCGCCUCUUGAAACUCGAGACGUCGUUUGCAACCAUGUCGGUCGCCAACGCCGCGCUCCGGGACCCGUGGGCGACGUACCACGCCUUCUCGCUCGCCGACCUCGAGGCUCAAUUCCCACACGUCGCCGCGUAUCUUACCGGUGCUGGGGUGUACGAGACGCUUGCAAACUCGACGAUCGUGGUUUCGACGCCCGAUUUCUUCGCAUCCCAGGCCGCGCUCCUGGCCAGCGACGACGUCGACUUGGACACGCUCAUCAAGUAUGUGAGCUUCCGCUUGAUCGACAGCCAGAGCCCUCUGCUUGGCGAGCGCUUUCGCGCUGCGAGCCACAAGUUUCACGGAACGCUCAGCGGCCUCGGCGUCGACAGCACGCGGGCCGACUACUGUCUCGGGCUCACCGAAGCGCACUUGGGUGCUGUCCUCGGCUCCUACUACCUGGAACGGGUCUGGGACAAGAGCACCAAGGUCGCCGCCCGGUCGCUCAUCACUGAAAUCGAGGCGGCCAUGGGCAAUGUCCUCUCCAACGAGCCGUGGCUCGAUGAGGCGACGCGCAAGGAAGGGCUGGCCAAAUUGCACCACAUCUUCAACCUUCACGGGUUUUUCGCCAACGUGGCGCAGCUGAAGGCGCACGAGAUGCACAUUGCGCUCACGUCGAUCGGGGCGCCGGUAGACCCGCAGGCGUGGGGCCUCUCAGCGUCGACCGUGAACGCCUACUACGACCCCAGCGCCAACAAGAUGGUGUUUCCAGCCGCGAUCCUCCAGGCGCCGUUUUACUCUGCCCAUGCCAUGCCAAUCAUCGCCAACUAUGCGCGCAUCGGCAUGGUCAUGGGCCACGAGCUCACGCACGGCUUUGACGACCAAGGCCGCAACUACGACGCCAACGGGAACCUCCGCAUGUGGUGGUCCCCGUCCGUGAGCAAGACGUUCGAUAUCAAGGCCGACUGCUUGGCGGCGCAGUACUCGUCGUUUGAAGUGACGUCGCUGGACGCGUCGAUGCGCAUCGGGUUUGUCGAUGGCCGGCUCACGCUCGGCGAAAACAUCGCCGACAACGGCGGGCUCAAGCUCGCGUAUUUGGCGUAUGCAGCGACCCAAGCCCGUCCGAUCUCGAAGGCCGAGACCAAGUUGUACUUUACAGCGUUUGCCCAGGCGUGGUGCGAGAAGCGGUCCGAUGCGUACGCCGAACUGCUUCUUGGCCUGGACCCGCACUCACCCGGUAAGUGGCGCGUGAACGGUCCCCUCAUGAACUCGGCUCUCUUUGCCGAGACGUUCCAGUGUCCCGUCGGGUCGCCUAUGAACCCCCCUCACAAGUGCGUCGUGUGGUGA